AUUCUUCAAAAGAAGGGAAGGCAAGAUGAAGAGCUCUUUGCCGUGGGUGGCUUUGGCCGUCUCCCUGGGGUUCGUCCUUGUGGCAGGUUAUCAAUGGGAUGAUGGUGAGGAGCGUGUGCUGGUUAAUAACAAGUGUAAGUGCGUAACGGUGACCUCAAAGUUCGUCCCCUCCAAAGACAAUCCUGAGGAAGAAGUCCUGGAGAGAAACAUACGUAUCAUUGUCCCACUCAAGAGCCGGGAGAAUAUCUCUGAUCCCACAUCCCCACUCAGAACCACUUUUGUCUACCGCAUGACUGAACUCUGCAAAAAAUGUGAUCCCGUAGAAAUUGAGCUGGGGGGUGAGACAUACCAGGCCCAGCAGAGCAACUCCUGCAACGAGCCAGAAACCUGCUACACCUACAACAGGGACAAAUGCUACACCACAACCUUCCCUUUUGUCUACCACGGGGAAACAAAGCAUAUUCAAGCAGCACUGACACCAACAUCCUGCUAUGCCGAAUAGCUCAAUCCACUGCUAACCUAACACCUCGUUGCACUCUGUUUUCCUAUCACCAGCCCAUGUAUAGCACUGUAGUACUUGGAUGACAGCGUAUAAAAUGUCAGUUCCCAGAAUCAUACAAGCUUACUUCAUGUCAUUUUUCAAUAUCAAGAGUAUCAUCCCUAAGAGUACUUGCUGGCUGUCAGAUUCUCUUCUCUUAUCCUUGUCCUGAUAUGAGCAGAUAUUGCAACACCAUUAUAUGUCUUAGACUUCAUCAUCAGAUUGAUAGACUAGACCCUCAAGCAGCUAUAAAUCACUAAUUCCUCUGAAAUCAAGGGAACAACAGUAGUUAACAACAACAAUGGAGAAUCUUUUUUGACCAUCUUCCAUCAGUCUGAGUAAGGCUGCCACGGACAUCAGCAGAAAUGUCCAUCUAUUUCGACUGCUUCCUGAACAAUCUAAUGCAAACCUGUGUGCAACCAUUACACGAGACACUUUCAUUAAUUUAGAACAAUUUAUGUCAUUAUUAAAAUCUAUUGUACAAUCAUAUUUGAGAGAAAAAUCAGGUGUGAGACUGAAUUCAGAUUUCAACUUUUUUUUUUUUUUUUUUUUUUGUAAUUGAGCAUUCUGUAUCCUUUUAGGGCUACGGCUAUCGUAAGCUUACAGUCUUCACUUAGAUAUAGUAAGUAGGUGCCAAGAUCCCAGCCCUUUUAGCAAUAGUAAACCAUAUAUCUAUUUUUUUUCAUUUCCCACACUUACUCACUGAUAAUGAUGUGUUCUCAGUUCAAUUGAGGUUGAACACAAUCAGGCUGGCUUGAAUUUGUUGUUCCUUGUUUUGCUGCAAAAAAAAUAUAAUCCUAUGAAGCUGCCUCAAUUGCAAGAGUAGGGGCCUUAGUUAGAGAUUCAUUCCCUUUUCUACAACUGUCUUUAUUUCUGUUCAUAUAAGAAACCUCCACCAAAUAAAGGAGCUGAUUCUGUACUGUCCAUUACAUUUAAAUGGAUUACAUCUGGUAUUGUCCAUAGACAUAAUGUAUGUGAGUGCAUAAGGUGUCCAAUGUUGUAUUUGGGAUGGCUAAUGUGUUCCUCAGUGUUGGCAGAAGUUGAUUGCAAAGGCUUAGGCUGUUCUGAAAAGGUCUUACGUGGCUUCACACAUUAUUGCAAUAACAACAAAACAGCAAAAGAAAUUAUCAUAGUUUUAGCUUUGUUAAUUCAACGUUAAAUAAACUUCUUUCUGCAGCAGUC